AUGUGUGUGUAUUCUUCUGAGACAGGGAUAUGGGCUUUCAAGCAACUUCGCACCCCUUGUCCUCUUCAGGUAUAUGGUUUUAACAAGUCGUUGAUUCUCGACGGGAUGGUUUAUAAGUGGGACAAGAGAGUGGACGAUGAUACUGGCCCUGGAGUUCUUGUUGUUUAUGACUUUUAUGCCGAGAAAGGUGAUGAUAAUCAGUGUCGGAUUAUACAUCUACCUGGCACGUAUAACAAGUACGUUAGGAGAUGCUUGACUGCUUCGUGCGGAGAUGUUAUCUACGUUGAAAUAUUGUAUCAAAGAUUGAAGGUCUGGAAGCUGAAGAGUAACAACUCCUCUGAUGGAGAGUGGUGGCAGUUGACGAGAGAGGAGAUCGACAUGCUCUCUGUCGGAUUUGAUGUCCUUUGUUUUCCUUUGGGAAUGAACCCGUUCGAUACUGAUUUGAUCUAUCUAUGGAGUCGACAACACAGAUGCGUGGUAUCUGGUAAUUUGAGGACACAAGAGUUUACUCUUCAUCGGGAAGCGGAGACUUGGAGUGAUGGUGAAGGUAGUUGGCGCAUAAACACGUCUGAUUCUAAGAAGUAUAUGGAAGAAACAUAUGAAUUUGAUACAAAUUCGGUCAUCACAUUAUCACAGUAUGUGCUCCCGCAGUGGAUGGAUCCAGUGCCCUCCUGCCCGCCAUAUUGA